CUCGGACAACCUGGGUCUGCCUGGGUCAUCCUCUGCACAUUACCACAAUUUAGGCUGUCAGAUAUUUCUGCCUAAAUUAACUAAGUGCAUUAGUGCAAUCUGUGAGCUGGGGUGGUAAUGAGCCGACUGUCAGGCCGUCUCCGCUCCGGAAGUGUGCGUUUAGCUUGUGAAGCAUUGGCUGAGGCAGACUGCAGUGGGGCCAAAGGCUCCUGGAUGGGAGAUGUUGGGCAUGGAGUCUCUACAGCAGAACCUGAUGACUCUGAUCCAUCUGAUUCCCUACACUGUAAAUUGUAUUCACCUUCUUCACUGGCCAAUGGUCUACGUAAUCAUGAUGACCAGUUUCAGCGCCGAGCAAAGAGAAGCAGACAAAUGGACCAUGUGGAACAAAUGCACAUGCAUGAACAAAUGCACAUUCAACAGCACACGCACCCACACAGGCAUAUACACCAGCAAACACAUUCAUCUGAACAACAGAACAGCCAACCAGAGCACUCAAACGCACAUUUACAGUCUCAAACACACAUUCAGAUAGAUGCGCAAAUGCGUACUGGCCAAAAUGUAUUGACGCACAAGCAUAAAAAUGCAGAGAUGGACAAAUCUCUAAUGAUGGACGAGGACACGUCUCUUGUUCCAGAGGAUUUGUCUAUAAAAUCCAAGAAUGAAGCAUACACCUCCCGUGUCCAUUCACCACAUCCUUUGCAUACUAGCCAACUCUCACAAAACUACUCAGCUCAACUUCACAGCUCUGCUUCUACAUGUAAGGUAAAUACAGACCCCCUACCCACUAACACUUGUAAACCAGAGACAGGUUCUUUACCUUACCCUGAGGUAUGCCACAGUUUUGGUGCAAGUCACAAUCCUGAAAACACCUUAAUGGAGGCAGAGAGGAAGUAUAAACUGAGGAGUUCUGGUCGGCCACGGUUUCCCUGCCACCUUCGCAAGUCAUCCCGUUUGCGGAGAAAUGCAGAAGAUGUAGUCAUAAGAGAGGAAGAGUUUAAAGAGGAGAAGCAGGAGAUUAGAAAUGUAUGGAAGGUGGAUGAGGUAAGAGUUAAGGAAGAACAACAUCUUAAAGUUGCUGUCACUGAUUCAUCUCCUGCGAUUUUGCCAGCUUCUCCCAAAUCAUCUACCUUGGUGAAAAAUUAUAAUGUAGGUAUGACGUUUGUUAGUGAAUCCAACACUGUGACUCAACCUUCAGUAAGAGGUAAACCACGAGGUCGUUUUUUGGGUGUAAGAAAGAUAGUGGUAAAAAUUGCAAGAAUCCCAGUGCAUCUUGGUCGACGACAGAAAAGCUACAAGAUCUCCUCCCUAGAGCCUGUGGUUGUGGGGCCACCUGCAGAACUGAGUACUGGGGCAGAAGGGUCAGAAAAGGGCAUUAGUGGAGAUGUGGGUGCCAAUGUUGCCAAAGAACCCACUGCCCUUCUCCGCAUGAAAAACAAUGGGAAGAGUGUGAUGGUGAUGUUUCCCCCAGGAGAGUUACCAGUCAUCCUAAAACGGCGCAGGGGGAGACCCCCUAAACAGGCCUUACCUGGACAGCCUGAUAUGCGUGAGACUAAAGCUGGGGCUGCAAGUGCAGCAGAGCCGAAAAAGCCAAGGCGGCGGCGAAGAGUGAAGUUACCACCUCCUUUGCCAUCAUAUGUUAACGACACUGAUGAUGUUAAAGUAGAAUAUGCAGAUGUUCUCUCUAAAAUGGCCUUUCUGAACAGGCAACCUCCUAGCACUGGCCGCUGCUCUCCACCACGCUGCUGGACUCCAACUGAACCUGAGACCUUUCACACUUCUCCAGAGAAUCCAAAACUGUCCACUUUACUGCACCGGCUUACAGGCUUCCGCAAACGUGGUGGUCGUGCAGGCUGUAUGGGAGGGAGGGGAGGAGGCAUAGCUGGAUCAUCCGAAGCUUUUAAGAGGUCCUUUAGUGACUUCUUUGAGACAAUAGGAAAGAAAAGAAAAGUGCCCCAGUCUGAGUCAGGAACUCCAAGAAAAAGAGGGAAAGGACUUAAUGCAGGAAUAAAAAGAACAACUUUAAGUGAACUUUCGCCAGGUACCUCUGUGCCUGGGGAAAAGAUCCGGAAAAGGCGUCCACGCAAGAAUGGAGACUUAAAAGCUGGUCAGGGAGUUCAGGAUCAGGACUGGAAUGCAAAUAGUGGUUGGAGAGAAAAAAGUGAUCUAAAUACCACUGAAUAUGCAGGAAGCUACCAGGGCUCUUAUUCUCCCCGUGGAGGCUUUGUGUCUAUUGAGACUGGUAAAAGGGGAGUAUACCACAGCCCUGGAGUGAGAGGAGCUGAAGGUGGGGAGGAGUGUCAGGGAAUGUUUGCUGGAUACUUUCGCUCUUUGCUUGAUUCAGAUGAUUCCACUGACUUGCUGGACAUCUCCUUGUCCAGCCCAACAGGACAUCAAGAUGCUCUGAAAUUUACAGCAGGAUAUGAGGGCAGCAGCCCUGGUGCGGCCCAUUGCUGGUCCCCUGCUUUCUGUAAAAGAAGUCCCAAGGUACAUGCCUGUACUGGGGAGGGGGCGCGACUGUCCUCACCCCAAACUCAUAGCAGCUCAUCAAAUAGAACCCCAUACUUGUACACCAUAUCCCAAACGUCCCCCACUGUUACCUACACAAAAUCUCCUGCUCUUUCCCUCUCAAGGUCUCCUAGUUCUCCCCAUCCUUCUAGUGUCUUUUCUCAAUAUCCCACCACGUAUAGUGGAACUGUACAACAGGGGCCUCAGCAGCAUGUUAGGUUAAGUGACUGCAGUUUCACAUACAACAAUAAAGCCUCCCCUGCCCCUUCUACACAACGGCAGAUUACUUAUCCAAGUUAUCAGGCCUCUGCUAAAUGCAAUUUUAGUGGAUACCCAGGGCCUACUAAUGCCCCAAUGCAACAGAGUGAGUCUGGUCCAGCAUCUCCAGGAGGAAAUUAUAUGUCAAUUUCAAAGACUAGCUUCUUCUCCUCAUCCUCUUCUCCUUCUGAAAGUUCCAGACUUUACCAGAGCUCUGCUCCUUGGGGUUAUAGACAUGGAGGAACUACCUGGGGUGGUGAUGGACUUAGUGCUCAUCAGUUUCAUGGAUACUCAGAUUAUGGAAUUGCUGGAUCAAAUUCAGAGUCAAAAGACAUUCUAGACAUAUCAAACUACACACCUCAAAAGGCAAAGCAACGUACCUGCCCAGACACAUUCUCUGAGUCCUCCUCUGACUCCUCUCACACAGGGGUAGGAAGCAUGGGGGCAGUGUACUGCCAUAGGGAUGUACCAGUGCCAGAGGGCCAAUCUAGCUUGUCAAGCCUAGAGAAACUAAUGUUAGAUUGGAAUGAAAAUUCUGCUGGACCCUCAUACAACUGGAGUCAGAAUGUCUUAUUUCAAGGUGGCACAAAAUCAGGCCGUGGACGCAAGAAAAAGUCUGAGCAUCGAAGUGAGAGGGAAAUGGGAUACAUGCCCCCUGGAUCACCUGCAAGUCCUCCCAUGCAGGGAAGUGGAUCAAAGCGCAGUCCGUCUGUGGGUCGACAGCCCAGAGGGGGCAGGGGCAGAGGAGGUUUUUCUCCCUGUCAAAGGGAGCGACCUCUGCCACUCAAACCAAAACUUCAAAAAUCGACAGCCACAACAGCUGCAACAGGACAGAUCACUUCAACAAGUGGGCUAUACCAGGAAACAUUGGAUUAUUACAGUGGAGACAGCAGUAGCCUUUCACCUCUUAGUCAUGCCCCUGAAUCCUGUGAAUACCCAUCUCCAUACUCUGUCCAUACCUCGACUCCAUCCUCAGAUGAGAGAUUUGUUCAUACAUACCCCUCAGACUCUGCUUCCCUUUCUCCCAGCCUGUCAACUCAGUCAGAUGGUUUAAAGCAACACCCUAAGCCUCCCCCUCCCCCACAGUCAUAUGGUCAUGUGUCAAGGACAUUUAGCCCUACACUAUCUUCAGGUCCUCGUCAUAUGCCACAGGGUGGCUCUGCCAUGAGCCCACACUGUGUGUCAAAAGACCAGCUUUCACAAUAUGACUCUCCCAGUUACAGCAACUCUCCUUGCUGGUAUGGGCAGGGUGGCAGUGUUGCUCAUAGUCCCCAAAGCUAUGAAGAGUUGCGUUCAACUAAGAUGGCUAUGGCUUCUAACAAACGGGAUAUGCCACUAAUGGGUUCUGGGAUAAGAUCGGCAUCCCACUCUCCUUAUCCCACAUCUGUAUCUAGAGGUCAUACCAUAUCCAGUUGUGCAAGUGGGACACAAGACUCUUCUCCACAGCAUGAAGAGUUGGGUUACCAAGGAAAUACGGACAGCUAUGCACCCCUUGGGCAUCGAUAUGUGUACCAAGGUGCCAGAGGGGGGGUUCUCUGCCAGCUACUGGACCAACCCAGCGAAGAAAGCUUUACUGUUACCAGCCUGUAG